AUGGCUCGCGCCGUCGCCGCCCAUUCCGCGCUCCUGUCUCAACUGGCGGCCCGCAGCCCCGUCGCAGCGAGCCACGCGUCAGCCGCUGACAGGCUCCAUGCCGCUAUUCUUCCCGUGAAUCCUCUGCGCGCAGCGGUCGCACGAGGAGCCAGCAGCGGAAGGAGCCACGUGUCGCGCGUCAACGUGUCGGCUUCUGCCGCAACCGAGCCUAGCUCCAAGGACCUCCAGGCGAAGUUCGGCAAGGACGGAGUGAGCUUCGACGACGGGCUGGGCGGCCUGCCACGUGUCAUUCUCGCAGACGCCUCCGGCAGCACGGCCGAGGUGUACCUCUACGGCGCCUGCACGACUUCCUGGAAGCUUCCGUCCGGCGAGGACCUGCUGUUCGUGCGCCCCGACGCGGUGUUCACGGGCGCCAAGCCCAUCAGCGGCGGCAUUCCGCACUGCUUCCCGCAAUUUGGGCCAGGCGCCAUGCAGCAGGUAAGAUGUGCUGCGCUGUUCACAGACGCGCCGUUCACAGACGCGGUGUUCACGGGCGCCAAGCCCAUCAGCGGCGGCAUCCCGCACUGCUUCCCGCAGUUCGGCCCGGGAGCGAUGCAGCAGCACGGCUUUGCGCGCAACCUGACGUGGGAAGUGGAGGCAGCUGAGGGGGGCGCGUCCCCCUCGCUCACCCUCGCCCUCUCCGACAACGAGUACUCGCGCGCCAUGUGGGACUUCGCCUUCAAAGCCACCUUUAAGAUCUCCCUGUCGGACGGCAAGCUGGAGACGGUCUUCACAGUGACCAACACGGACAGCAAACCCUUCUCCUUCACCACCGCUCUGCACUCCUACUUCCGCGCUGCUAUUGGCGGAGUGAAGGUGACUGGGCUGAAGGGCGCCAAGUCCCUCAACAAGGACCCCGACCCAACCAACCCCAUUGCGGGUGUGGAGGAGAGGGAUGAAGUCACCUUCCCCGGCUUCGUGGACUGCAUGUAUCUCAACACGCCACAGGAGCUCGUGUUGGACAACGGGCUGGGCAGGAAGCUAGCCAUCCGUAAUAAGGGGUGGACUGACGCCGUCGUGUGGAGCCCCCACCUCACUAUGCCCGCCUGCUACCUCGACUUUGUCUGCGUUGAAAACGCCAAGCUAUCGGAGGUGGAGCUCCAGGCAGGCCAGACAUGGACUGCAGAGCAGGAAUUGGUGGCGCUGUAG